AUGGCCAGCCCUUUUCUCCCACGAGCCUUAGCUGCUGACAGACCAGAUACUCUGACCGUUCGCACCCCCAAGACCUCAGCGUCCCCCACGCUCGGCCGCUCCGCUCCCUCGGCUGAGACACGCCCGCAGCCCUCACCUGGAGCUCGGAGGGCUCGGGACCCGGGAAGACGGCGCCGUCAGGUCGGGAAGCAGUGCGCCUGCGCAGAGGUUCUGGCGCGCACACCCAAUCACAGGAAGCGCUCCCAGCUCCCACCCGCCAGUCAUGGGGCCACCCCGGCUCCCAGCACAGGUGGGGCGCAGCUCCGGCCGCGCGAUCAGGGCGCAGGCGCACUCAGGCCGUCAGGGCGCCGGGCCGGGGAGCUGCUAGCCACGCCCCGUGGACGUACUGCGGCUGCGCACUCGCACGGCCCGGCGCACUCGCGUCUGCGCAGGUGCGGGGCGGGUCUCGGGAAGCGGGGCCGGCGCGUAUGGAGUGCGAUUGUCCCUCCGCCUGGGCGCCGGCGAUCGGCUGUGGCGGCUGUGGCUCCCUGUGAGGCUGCGACCGGAACCCCUGUCGUCUCGGGACGGAGGAGCGCUGGGCGCCGCAGGCGUGACCGCAGCUGCGUGUGCUGCGUGCGGGGCGCCCCUGGGUGCGCAUCCGCGGGGAGCCUGGUCCCAAGAAGGAGGGCCGCGGAGCGGGGCUGGGGGACGAGGCCAGGCUCGUGGGCGCUAAGCGCGCCCCGAGCAGGCGGGGAGAACCGGACCCCGGGUCAGCCAGCCCUGCUCUGCGCCCUGCGGUCGGCCAGGUCAACCAGCCCUGCUCUGCGCCCUGUGGGUCAGCCUCCCCUACUCUGCGCCCUGCGGUCGGCCAGGUCAACCAGCCCUGCUCUGCGCCCUGUGGGUCAGCCUCCCCUACUCUGCGCCCUGCGUCGGCCAGCUCUCCGUUCUCAGGACCCUGCUCCUCCUCCAGAGAGACACCCAGGAGAAAUGGGAACACCCAGUUUGUUCCUGAAAGCCAGGCCCAAGGAAUUGAUAACAUUCAAAGAUGUGGCUGUGGACUUCACCUGGUGGGAGUGGGAGCAGCUGGACCCUGCUCAGAAGGCCCUGUACAGAGAGGUGAUGCUGGAGAACUUCACGAACCUGGCCUCCCUGGGGCUUCCGUUGUCCAAACCAUAUGUGAUAUGCCAGCUGGAGGAAGGGGAAGAGCCCUGUGUGUUGGAGAGAGAAAUCUCAGCGGGAGCCCACUCAGACUGGGAGAGAAGGCCUGAGACCAAGAAAUCAAUUCCAACUCAGGGAAUUUCCAAAGAAGAAUCAUUGCGGGCAGCAUCAGUGGAAAAACACGUUAAAGAUGAGCUCUGGUCCUCCAAACUGCAAACAGCCUGUGGUUGGGAUGAGGAGUUAGAGAUGCAUCAGAAAAAACAGGAGCUAUAUCUGAAAUACAUGCCAGCCACUCAGAAAUCUACCAGUACCCUUACAGGAGAUCCGGAGUGGAGUGAAUUUGGGGGAAGUUUAGGUUUAGGAUCAGUACUUGCUACCAAACACAGUGUUCCCAUGGGAGAAGGACCCUAUAAAUGUGAUGCAGAAUUCAGACAGACUUCAGGGAGCAAUAACUUUCAGAAAACCAAUCCAGGGAAGAAAUCUUGUAAAUGUAAUGAAUGUGGGAAGUCCUUCUAUUUCCAGUCAGAACUUAGGCGCCAUCAGAGAUGUCACACUGGAGAAAAGCCCUAUGAAUGCAGUGAAUGUGGGAGAGCCUUUGGUCAUACUUCAUCCCUUAUUAAACAUCAGAGAACUCAUACUGGAGAAAAGCCCUAUGAAUGCAGUGAAUGUGGGAGAGCCUUCAGCCAGAGUUCAUCUCUUGUUCUGCAUUAUAGAUUUCACACUGGAGAGAAACCCUACAGAUGUAAUGAAUGUGGAAGAGCCUUUGGUCAUACUUCAUCCCUUAUUAAACAUCAAAGAACUCAUACUGGAGAAAAGCCCUAUGAAUGCAGGAAAUGUGGGAGAGCCUUCAGCCAGAGUUCAUCUCUCAUCGUACAUUACAGAUUUCAUACUGGAGAGAAACCCUACAAAUGCAAUAAAUGUGGAAGAGCCUUCAGCCAGAGUUCAUCUCUCACUCAGCAUUAUAGAUUUCAUACUGGAGAGAAACCCUACAAAUGUAAUGAAUGUGGAAAAGCCUUUGCUCAUAAUGCAUCCCUUAUCAAACAUCAGAGGACUCACACUGGAGAAAAGCCCCUAGGAAUGCAGCGAAUGUAGAAGGACCUUUAGCGGAGUACACGUAUCACCAAACGUCAGAGAAUUCAUAUUGGAGAGAAACUGUAAGUGUAAUGUACGAGAGGAAAUCUUGGCUUGGAGGACCCAUUUUGUCCACCAUCAGACAGUACAUCCUAGAGAAAAAUGCUAUCAGUGUCAUGAGGGAGGGUGGACGUUCGUUCACGCCUCUUCCCUUACCAAACACCAGAGAAUUCAUACUAAUGAGAAACCAUAUGAAUAUUGUCUUAGUUAUCUUGUGCUGCCAUAACAGAAAUACCACAAGUGGAUGGCUUUAAAAAAGAGAAAUUUAUUCUCUCUCAAUCUAGGAGGCUAGAAGUCCAAAUUCAGGGCGCCAGCUCCAAGGGAAGGCUUUCUUUAUCUCUCAGCUCUGGGGGAGGGUCCUUGUCAUCAGUCUUCCCUGGAGGAGCUUCUCAGUGCAGGGACCCCAGGUCCAAAGGACAUGCUGUUCUCCUGGCUCUUGUUUCUUGGUGGUAUAAAAUCCCCUGUCUCUCUGCUUCUUUUAUAUCUCAAAAGAGACUGACUUAAGAUGCAACCUAAUCUUGUAGAUUGAGUUCUGUCUCAUUAACAUAACUGCCUCUAAUCCCGCCUCCUUAACAUCAUAGAGGUAGGAUUUACAAUACAGAAAAUUCACAUCAGAUGACAGAAUGUUGGGCAGUCACAUAAUGCUGGGAAUCAUGGCCUAGCCAAGUUGACACACAUUUUGGGGGGACACAAUUCAGUCCAUAACAAAUAUAAUGAAUGCUGAAAGGCUUCAGUCAGCAGACACACCAUAUUCAACCUCAAUUUAUACUGGGGGGAAGCCUUAGAGCCUUCAAUCACAUUAAUGUUCCCUACGCCACCAAAAAAAUAGGAUGACUCAUACUGGGGAGAAGCCCUGCAAGUGUGGUAAAUCCCUCAAGAAUAUAUAUAUACUUACUAAUCAGAGAACGCAUAAUGAAGAGAAGCCCUGUGAAUGCUGUAAGUGUGGAAUGACCUUCAGUCAGAGCUCAUCCCCUGCUCUGCUUUACGGCCGUCUCACAAGAAAACCCUUACGGAUGCAGUGGAUGUGGAAUGACCUUCAGUCGGAUCUCAUCCCUUAUUAAGCACCAGAGAAUUCAUACUUGAGAAAAACGCCAUGAAUGUGGGAGAGCCUUCGUCUCAGCCUCAGCAAUUUCUGAACAUCACAGAGAACUCACCCUCAUUGUGAGAAGCUCUGGGAAUGUAAUCCAUGUGGGAAAAUCUUUGGUAGAUAUUCUUCUUUUUCACAUCAGAGAAUUCAUACUAGAAUGACUUCAAAUUUAGUGAAACUGCGAAAAGGCACUAGUAUAAUUUGGGCCUCAGCAUACGUUAAGGCUCCACCCCAAAGAGAAAUCCUGGGAGCUUAACAAAUGUGAGGAAGGCACUUUUCAGACUUGAGGUUCAUAAAACUAGAGCUAAAAGGGACCCGAGAAGUCAUCUAGUCGGUGAUUUUCUACUGGGUGGGGGUCAUUUUUACAGCUCACUGAGGCUCUGCCUCCCUAUUGUUACCGCAAGUUGCGGGUUUGAGCCACCUGCCGCAAGGCCGAUAGUGAGACGGAGAGGUAAGCAGUAAGAGGGCUUUAUUGAAUACCGGUAUUCAAGAGACAGAGGGGGUUAAAUUUCUCCCAAAUUCUGUCUGCCCUAGAGGGUUAAUGGGAGGGUUUUAUAUGGGGAAGGUCACGGUUACCUAAUGUUUUGAGCACGUAGUCCACAGAUGGUCUUAUACGUCACAAAACAACUACAAAAAAAACUAUUAAACUAAAGAUACGCAUAUCGGGCA